UUGAUGAUUUGGAAGAUGGGAACCUGCUUGUGUUUUGAUGUGUCAACUGUUGUUGUAAACGUGGCUAUUACGAGGUCCAAAUAAAUGUACAGUAAUUCAUACAAGAAAUAUCUGAAUGGCUCUAACUACGCGUACACCAAACUGAAAGCAGAUGACUGCGAUGCAGCGGUGACACCUAAACGYUCCUGUAGUUCCACCAUGCCUCAGAAGCUGAUGAAGAGUGCCCACUACAUCGAGCUGGGGGGGAGAUACCAGUACUGGCCCGUGCUGGUUCCCAGAGGGAUAAGGCUGUACACAUACGAACAGAUCCCAGUGUUCCUGAGGGAUAACCCUUACAUCACAGACGGCUACAGAGCCUACCUGCCCUCCAGGCUAUGCAUCAAAAGUCUGUUCAUCCUGUCCAAUGAGACAGUGAAUAUCUGGAGCCACCUGCUGGGCUUCCUGUUGUUCUUCACGCUGGGGAUCUACGACAUGGCGUCUGUGCUGCCUGCCACCGGGGCCUCCCGGGAGGACUAUGUCAUCUAUUCCAUAGGACUCUUCUGCUUCCAGUACUGGCGUCAGGUGUACCUGGUGACGGUGCUAGCUAUGAUCCUGGCGGUGUUCUUUGCCCAGAUCCACCCGCACUACCUCAGCAAGCAGUGGCAGCGGCUCCGCUCCAUUCUCUUCUGCAGCGUGGCCGGCUACGGCCUCAUCCCCACCGUACACUGGGUCUGGCUCAACGGGGGCUUCUCUUCGGAGAUCGUACAGUCUUUUAUUCCUCGUGUUCUGGGGAUGUACGUGAUCGCUGCCUUAGCCUUCAUCUUCUACGUCUCGAAGGUCCCUGAACGCUACUUCCCAGGUCAGUUGAACUACCUGGGCUCCAGCCACCAGGUGUGGCAUGUUCUGGUCAUUGUGAUGUUCUACUGGUGGCACCAGGCUGCCCUCUUCAUCUUAACGCACCGCCACAGCCACCCCUGCCCAGACUACACUGUGCACACCUAGGACUGCCCAGAGUAAACUACCCCCAGGCAGACUAGGACUGCCCAGAGUAAACUACCCCCAGGCAGGACU